CACGUCACGUAAAAUCACCAGUGCAGCGACUCAGGGUCGGUGUUCUCGGUUCUACAUCUGGACGGGUUGUGAGCUAGAGUACUGGGUUUGGCGGCUUAUUCAGUGCAUUGUUUGGUGUUUACUGCAAAAAAGACUGCAUACCAUCGAUGGAACCAUAGGAUUGCUUCGUCUCGAAGAUGCCAUCACACCGCAGGGACAGACCAUGGUGACCAAUAAAACAAAGUGAGGCGUUGUGGCAACUCCAGUUUUAGAGGAUCAACGUUCUUUCACUUUGCCAGUUGCAGAUCGUGCCUGAGGCCCAGCGGAGAGGGGUGAGAGGGACAUUUCUGCAGGUCACACGCUGCCAUGGGGGCCAGGGACGAGGAGGUCUGUCACAGUCCCGCCCGGCCCAAAGGCACCUCUCCCAGGACGCCCCCUGUCCUGGAGGAGGACAGCCUCCAGGUGCCCUUCCUGGAGCUGCAUGGCGAGGUCACGCAGUACGUCGGUCGGGCCGAGGAUGCCGUCAUCGCCAUGUCCAGCUACCGGCUGCACAUCAGGUUCAAGGAGUCUGUGGUGAACGUGCCCCUCAUGCUGAUUGAGAGCGUGGAGGUCCGGGACAUGCUCCAGCUCCACAUCAUCUGCAAGGACUGCAAGGCCAUCAGGUGCCAGUUCUCCAGCGUGGAGCAGUGUCAGGAGUGGGCGAAGAGGCUGACGGGCGUGGUCCGGCCCCCGUCCCGCCUGGAGGACCUCUUUUCCUUCGCCUUCCACACCUGCUGCGAGGACGUCUGCGCAGGGGACAUGGAUCAGCAGGGAGACACGUGCAGGCCGGGUGACCAUGUGACCUCGCGAUUCAGAAAUGAAGUGGAGCGGAUGGGUUUUGAUACUCAGGGCGUCUGGAGGAUAUCUGAGAUCAACAGCAAUUACAGGCUGUGUUCCAGUUAUCCGCAGCUGCUGCUGGUUCCAGGCUGGAUCACCGAUGCUGAGCUGGAGAAUGUGGGGGGCUUCCGCUCCUGGAAGAGGUUUCCGACUGUAGUGUACAGGCACCAGAGCUCGGGGGCGGUGAUCGCGCGCUGUGCCCAGCCGGAGGUCAGCUGGUGGGGGUGGCGCAACGCGGACGACGAGCGCCUGGUGCAGUCCAUCGCCAAGGCCUGCGCCGCCGACCGCUGGGUGCGCAAGCACGCGGCCAACGGGACUGCCGCGCACCAGCACGGCUACAGGAGCGCGUCGCAUGAAUGGGCCAAUGGGGGUGUCCCUCCCGAACGCACCAAUGGGGGUGUCCCUCACCAGCAUGGCCACAGGAGCGCCUUGCACGAACAGGCUAACAGGGGUGUCCCUCAUGAAUGUGCCAACAGGACUGUCCCUCCUGAACGCACCAAUGAGGGUAUCCCUCAUGAACGCGCCAACGAACGCGCCAAUGGGGGUGCCCCUCCCGAACGCACCAAUGGGAGUAUCCCUCAUGAACAUGCUAACAGGAUUGUCCCGCCCGAACAGGCCAAUGGGGGUGUCCCUCAUGAACGCGCCAACGAACAGGCCAAUGGGGGUGUCCCUCAUGAAUGCACCAAUGGGGGUGUCCCUCAGGAAUGCGCCAAUGGGGGUGUCCUUCACGAAUGCGCCAAUGGGGGUGUCCCUCUUGAACACAGCAACGAACGCGCCAACGUGGAUCUCCCUUACGAAUGCACCAACGGGGGUGUCCCUCACGAAUGCACCAAUGGGACACACGCCAGUGGGAACUUCCCCAACGGGGCCUUCAUUGACGAGCACACCAACGGGACAUUGUCCCACCGCGAAUUCGACUCCUCCAUAAGCCGGGGAUUGGAGGGCGACCUUGUUGAUGCUCUCCCUCAGAAGCUGCUGAUCCUGGAUGCCAGGUCUUACGCGGCUGCUGUGGCCAACCGCGCCAAGGGCGGAGGCUGCGAGUGCCCAGAGUACUACCCCAACUGUGAGGUGAUGUUCAUGGGGAUGGCGAACAUUCACUCCAUUCGCAAGAGCUUCCAGGCCCUGCGCUUCCUCUGCACACAGAUGCCUGACCCUGCUAACUGGCUGUCUGCGCUGGAGAGUACCCGUUGGCUGCAGCACCUGGCCCUGCUGCUGAAGGCAGCGCUGCUGGUGGUGACCGCGGUGGACCGGGACCGCAGGCCUGUCCUGGUGCACUGCUCCGACGGCUGGGACCGCACCCCUCAGAUCGUAGCGCUGUCCAAACUUCUGCUGGACCCAUACUACCGCACCAUCGAGGGGUUCCAGGUGCUGGUGGAGACUGAGUGGUUGGACUUCGGUCACAAGUUUGGUGACCGCUGCGGUCAUGGGGAGAAAGCAGAAGACCUUAAUGAACGCUGUCCCGUGUUCCUGCAGUGGCUGGACUGUGUGCACCAGCUGCACCGCCAGUUCCCCUGCUCCUUCCAGUUCAACGAGUCCUUCCUGGUGAAGCUGGUGCAGCACACGUACUCCUGCCUGUUCGGGACGUUCCUGUGCAACAGCGGCAGGGAGCGGGACGAGGCCCGCGUGCAGGCGAGGACGUGCUCCCUGUGGUCGCUGAUGCGGCCCGCCAACCGCGCCUUCCAGAACAUUCUCUACUCCGCCCACUCCGAGGCCGUGUUGCGGCCGGUGUGUCACGUGCGGAACCUGAUGCUGUGGAGCGCGGUGUACCUGCCCAGCUCGCUGCCCACCACGCCCUCCGAUGACUCCUGCGCCCCCUACCCGUCGCCCGGCGCCAGCCCUGAGGAGGUGCACCUGGGCCGACUUCCAAAGACGAGGUCCUUUGAGAACCUGCCCAGCGAGGCGGGGGGCACCGCUGUCCCAAACCGCCGCUCCAGUGACCCCAACCUGAAGAACAAGCAGCCGGACCCCCGCCACCCCUCCCAGGAGCUCAGCGCCGGGGCGGGGCCCGACGGGGGCGGGGCCGCUGACCCUCAGGGGGCGGGGCAAAGGGGGCGUCGGCCCUCGGUGGAGAUGGAAGACGUGCGAGUGGCAGGGGAGGAGCUGAAAGCGGCUGCCAGUGAGGACGAGGGGGUGGGGCCUCCGGUGGAAGGGUGCGCAGAGGAGGCGGAGCUCUCUGUGGCUGUGGGCGUGGCUGAAGGACAGAUGGAAAACAUUCUACAGGAAGCGACGGAGGAGGAUGAUGAAGAGGUCACCGCUGAACCCAAGUGCCCAUCAGAGCCUUCUGUGGCUCCACCCUCUCCCUUACCAACAGCCCCGCCUUCUCCUCCACCCAUGACCCCGCCCACUUAUCUACCCUUGGAGGGUUUGGAAGGCCCCGAGUCUCAGCUGUGUGAGCGGCAGGUGGGGGAGGCAGAGCGGGCCCCAGAAACGCCAGUGGCCCCUGAGAGGCCGGGGGACCUGCACGCACUGAGCACCGACACCAUAAGGACUUUGACUAACGGGCACGCUGAAAUCGCGGAAACCAUUACAGAGGAAGGCGGGGUCAGGCCAGCGUCUGUAGAACAAUUAUCCCCCUGCAGCUCUCCUCCUCCUCCCUGCUGUGAGGCGGAGCCAGAGGAGGGGCGGGGCCUCCACAGGACUCCAGACGGCGUCAAGGGGCCGCCCCUCAGCCCUCCGCCCCACGCUCCUGUCUGUAACGGGGUCCCCCGACAGGACGGGGGCCACGGCCAGCGGAGCCCUCUGCGCCGGCAGGCCUCCCCGACCUCGCCCCCCGGGGCCCCCCCGCGCUGCCCCCAGGACGGGCUGGCCCUGCACAGCGACGCCGUCCAGCUGCGGCUGCGCCAGAUGGAGGCGGGGCAUCAGCUGCAGGUGCACACGCUCAAGCGCCAGGUCCAGGAGCUGUGGAGCCGCCUGGAGAGCCACCAUGGCAACGGUCACCCCGGCGACCAGCAGCCCUGCAGUCCAGACUCAGACGGCGGUGCUGAUCCUCCCUGUCACGCACACGCAGAGCUCUUGUCUGAGCCCAGCUGGGGACGGCUGGAGCAGCAGGACACAGAGGUGGCCCAGUGGUACCCCGACCGCCUGGCCAGCCACUGCUACGGCUGCGAGGGCCGGUUCUGGCUGGCCAACAGGAAGCACCACUGCAGAGGAAAACAGCCUGCUGAAGAAGCCUGGUGCCUGAGCGCUCGCGGUCUCUCUGGUGCCCCCUGCAGGACCUGCGGGAAUGUGUUCUGCGCCAGCUGCUGCGAGCAGCGGGUCCCGGCGCCCAGCCGCGCCUGCCAGGCCUGCCGCUCCGCCCUCCCCCCCGUCGACCUGGAGCUGGAGAAGCCAAUCACGGCCAGCUCCAACUAGGACCCGCCCACUUUCGCCUUCCUGAUCGCGGCCAGUUCCGUCUGGGUCCCGCCUACCCGCUCCUCCAAUCAUGGCGAGGUUCACCUUGGUCCCGCCUACCCGCUCCUCCAAUCACGGCCAAGUUCACCUUGGUCCCGCCUACUCGCUCCUCCAAUCGCAGCCAGCUCACCUAGGCCCGUCUCACUGGGAGAAUUAGAAUGCUGUAUGAGGUUAUGAUGUGUAGACGUGUGUACGUGAGGUGCAUUGUAUAUAUCUCAUUUUCGCAGUUUAAUGUAUAAUGGCGCGUGUGUGAGAGAGACGCUUUGAGUGGAUUUUUAAAGGCGCUAAGUGGACUCACGGUGGAUUGGACAGACUGACUUCUCACGGGCUGCAGUGGGUGGGGCUAAACCGAAGCCACACCCAGGGGUGGGGUCAGACACCACUGGGCUCCGCCUCCUUUUUGGAUUUUGCUUUCAGUCUUUCAGACGGAACUUCCGAAUGCUGAACGGGGGGGGGGGGGGUUUGGGUGGGGGACGUGGAGCACUUAGACUGUAAAGAAUAAAAGGCACUUCUGGCCCUAACAGAGUCUGAGUGUUGGUGUCGGGUUGGUGGGCGGCUGUGUUUGUGUGUUGUAAUAUGACCUGACAGACUUGUUAUGUCGGCCUCAGGCUGCUCUGGCGGGAUUCGUUUUUUUUGUUUGUUUUUUUUGAGGUUUAUGACCACCCACUGAAUGUGCAGAGUGCGCCCCCCCCCCCUUAACUACCUAGUUCAUCCUGUUGUGCAAGGCAUGUGUAUGUUUGAAUGUUUCAUAUUUAUGAUCAUAUUUCAUUUUUGGUUUUGAAACUGUUUUUAAGUCCAAAAAUGCAAGAAAUAUUUCCACAUAUUAAAUACACCUGCUGUGUACAUAUUUAAAUUCAUGUUAGAUGUAGCUGAAAUUGAAAAAAAUUUGCCGGCAAAUAAAUAAUCCUAGUGCAAACUCUAUUUGGGGUUUGGAAGCCCAAUGUGGCAACACUAGCUUCACAGAUUUGCCUUUGCAGAAUUUUCAGGGAAAAGCUCCUGAGAAUCCCACUGGUCCAGGCUCCAGAUAUGGAGGAGAGAUCUGUGAUCUUUUCCGUGCGUACUUUUCAGUGUACAUUCAUACUCUGCUAGGGCACUCACAAUUUUCGACCUAUUUUUGCCGUUUGGACUGAAAAUAUCUUUUUUUUUUUUUAACCGGAAGCAUAUUAUAAUUCAACCAAAUGCAGGACAUCCACAAAAGAACAGGGACAUUCUAUACAUGAGGGUAGCUCAGUCAUGUUUAAUGCAGUCUUAACAUUUAGAAAAAAAUCAGGAAAAACUACAGUAAAUAGCAGUUGUCAAGACAUCACCAUCUGUUUUUUUUGUUGUCAUAUAUAAGCAGUGAAUACAGCAAAGAUAGGAAAAGCCAAAAAUAAACAAUGUAAAGACUAAAUAAACAUUAUGAAAAAUAAACGUGACCCCGAUGUGGGGAUUUUUCUGUGAGGGAAAACUUUUUUAAUGAGACUUGCUGUGCAGCUCUGCCAUUUCACCAGGACUUUCGGCCAUGACUUUUUCACCAAAUAAUUUUGUGCGUUGUACCUCGAAACUGAUCCAAGAUCAGGGGCCUUAUCUAUUGCAUUUUUGUACACAUACAGUAUUUUAUUGUAAAUUGUGUGUAUGAUGAAAUUCACGUAGGUGUGAUGUAAAAAAUUUUUUUUUUUUU